AUGAAAGACAUGAUUUUUAAAUGUUCCGCAGAAGGCUGUCCUAGAACCUAUACAAAUAAAUUCAACCUUAAACGCCAUAUGGAAGCUUUUCAUAGCGAAGACAAGAAAUACCAAUGCAAGUAUUGCUUCAAGCUUCUUUCCUCUAAACAAAAUUUAAGGGAGCACACCUUUACCCACUCGGGUGAAAAACCUUAUUGCUGUAAGGAGCCAGGGUGUGGUGUUAGCUUUAGGCAAGGAAGCCAGUUAUCAGCUCAUAAGAGAAUUCAUUUAGCAAUUAAAACUUUUUCAUCUGGGCCACAAGAAAAUAGUGCAACCGAAGGAUCUUAUAUAAAAUUAUCAGAUUUUUUAAGAACAAAUCCGACGAUUUUAGAAGAGAAGAUGGCAGUUUUAGAUCAAAAGUUUAAGAAUAUUGAUAUCAAGCUUCCCCCAAUUUCAUUAUCUCAAGAGUUUGAUCGCUUACCAACUUAUAUAGUGAAUUCUAUUAGAUGGCGCGCAAUGCGCCAUCACUGGGCCAUGUCGGGAGAGGGUUCUCCACGAGGAAUGGUUCCACGUGUGGAACCCUCUUUUUGGCUCGUGGAAAAAGAGGGUUCCACACGUGGAACCAUUUCUCGUGGAGAACCCUCUCCCGACAUGGCCCGGUGAUGGCGCAUUGCGCGCCAUCUAUAGGAAGGCGCUAUAUACUUUAUUAA